AUGCAUGGAUGUGGAAUACGAUUUGAGGUGAGACUCUUUGAGAUAUCUAUUUUGAACCAUUAUUUGUUAUUUAUUCGAUUGGAGUGGGGUUUUCUCCUAUGAAUUUUGUUUUUUGCCUCUGAAAUUCCAAUAUUUUCAGAUAAUUUGCUUUUUCACUUUAUUGAUUUUUUCAUUUGUUUCCUAUCGACCCUGGUUUUUUGUAUUAACGUUGGCAUUCCAGGUAGAUACUUAAGUUUAUUAAAGAUUCUCUAGAAAAUACAAACUUUCAGGUGCUUUAUAUUUUCUUGGCUGGAUAUUUGGCAUCUUUGGCGUUGAUGGGAUAUUUUAGUGAGUUGUACGCAACAGUGGAAAAUGGGAAACAGUUUUGUGCUCACUUAUGAAAUUAUAACAAAAACUGGUUUCUAGUCCGUAAUUCACUUGAAACAUCGAAUUUUAAUUGAAAAUUGUAUGAUUUAGCCGAAUUUGACUCUCAAAUCUCAAAAUAGGCAAAUUUUGACUUUUUGAAAUUCUCAGAAAAUUUACUGUUUCAAGAAUUUUAUAUUAAAAAAAUUGGUUUUUGGGAAAUUUGAUGAAAGCUCGUCUUGAUUCAGAAAAAAUUGAUUUUUUUUCCAAAACUUUUCAAUUUUCCAGGCUCAAAUGGCUUUGGAUUUACCGUAACUGGCCGCGAAACUGCAAAAGGCGAACGACUAUUUCACAUCGGAACUGUCAAACCUUAUGGAGUAGCUCUAGAACAUUUGAAAUCUGGUGAUCGAUUGCUGGAAAUCAAUGAAGAGUCUACAGGAAAUUUAAGGCAGCUGGAAAUUGUUGACCAGCUGAAAAAGGCGAAAAUGGGGAAAAUCCAGCUGAAAAUGUGA